AUGCCACACAUAGAUGACCAUGGAGAUAUGGAGACGAAGGAGCUCUGGCGACCCUCAUUUCCCGAGAAGACGCAGAUUUACGAUUUCAUGACUAAAGUGAAUGAGAAACAUGCACUAUCUUUGAAAGAUUAUCACGCACUUUGGAAAUGGAGUAUCUCAGAGCCAGCCAAGUUCUGGGAAGAUAUCUGGCAUUACACUGCGAUCCAAGCCCACAAACCCUAUGACGAGGUUCUCAAAUGUGACAAUGUCAUGUUCCCACGACCAGAACUGUUCCAAGGUGCUUCUCUGAAUUUCGCCGAGAAUCUCCUUUAUCCCGCAUGUGCCCCAGACGAGGACUCAAUUGCGGUAAUCGGGGCCACUGAAGGAGAUCGCGAAUUCAUCUCGUGGAAAGAGCUUCGAGAGCGAGUUCAAAAAUGUGCCAACGCACUCAAGGAAGCUGGUCUGCAGACUGGCGAUCGCGUGGCUGGCUUUGUUGGCAAUCAUGCGAAUACGGUAGUGGCAAUGCUAGCUGCGACUUCUAUCGGUGCUUUCUGGACCGGUGUUUCCCCAGACACUGGAGUUCAUGCUGUUCUGGAACGCCUCAAGCAAAUCAAGCCCAAAAUCCUGUUUGCAGACAACGCCUCCCUCUACAACGGCAAGAUUCAUGGUUCUCAUACGAAGGUGCGCGAGAUCGUUGCUGAUUUGCCCGAUUUGGGCAUACUGGUCGUUUUUGAAAUAGCCAAAUCUCUUGAUUUCACUCUCGAUCAAGUUCGACCGGAGAAUGGAAAGGUUGUGACUUAUCACGACUUCGAGGGUACAGUUCAGGAUCAGAAUGCUCCCUUAGAGUUUGUGAGCUUGAGACCUGAUCAUCCGGUUUACAUCUUGUACUCUUCGGGCACUACCGGCGCACCCAAGCCAAUUGUACAUGGAUCAUUAGGCACAUUGUUACAACACAAGAAGGAGCAUCUUCUUCAUUGCGAUAUCCGACCUGGCGACCGAGUGUUCUAUUUCACAACCACGACCUGGAUGAUGUGGCAUUGGCUAGUCUCUGGCCUGGCCAGUGGAGCCACUAUUGUCCUCUAUGACGGCUCGCCAUUCAGACCUUUUGAUGCCGAAGGUGGAAAUGGAGAAAUGGCUAUGCCACGACUAAUUGAAGAGCUCCAGAUCACCCACUUUGGUACAUCAGCCAAAUACCUCUCCAUGCUGGAACAAGCAGCCUUGAACCCUUCCAAACAUGCACACCGACCCGUAUCUCUUAAGAGCCUCCGAUCGAUCUUCAGUACGGGUUCUCCAUUGGCACCAUCGACCUUCGAGUACAUUUACUCUUCCAUCCAUUCGGAUAUCAUGCUAGGCUCCAUCACCGGUGGUACCGAUAUUCUAUCCUUGUUCUGCUCGGGCUGUCCAAUCCUCUCAGUAUACAAGGGAGAGAUCCAGUGCCGCUCGCUCGGUAUGGCAGUCUCAGUCUUUGAUUACGCCGGAAAUGACAUCAGUGCUUCAGGAGAGCCUGGUGACCUUGUCUGCACUGUGCCUUUCCCUGCACAGCCAGUGAUGUUCUGGCCACCCGGACCAACAGGCCUGGAGAAAUACCGUAAGAGUUAUUUCGACGUAUUUGGUUCCUCAGUUUGGCAUCAUGGGGACUUUGUGCGCGUAAACCCGCAAACCGGCGGUGUUGUUAUGCUCGGUCGCAGCGACGGCGUUCUGAAGCCCUCUGGAGUUCGUUUCGGAAGUGCUGAGAUCUAUAAUGUUCUGUUGAAGCAUUUUGCCGAUGAGAUCGAGGACUCUCUGUGCAUUGGCCGAAGACGUGAAGGUAUUGACACCGAUGAGACGGUUGUCCUUUUCGUGAAACUGGCUCCUGGCAACCCUUCCACUCUACCAGAACUGGUUACACAGAUCAAAGCUAUUAUUCGCAAGGAGUUGAGUGCUCGUCAUGUGCCAGGUAUCAUUGAUGCUUGUCCUGAGAUCCCGGUGACUUCGAAUGGUAAGAAGGUUGAGAAUGCAGUUAAGCAGAUCUUGUGCGGGCUCAAUAUUAAGAUCGGGGCUAGUGUUGCCAACGCUGCUUGUCUUGACUGGUACCGGGAUUGGGCUUCGGAGCACCCAUGA